CGGGGCGAAAUCCUCCCUCGUGGCGCUGGAAGGCCACCCCUCCGCCUCGCGUGUUCAGCAGCCUCCCUCCCUCCCUCGAGACUAAAAGCCCGGCAAAGCCCUGCAAUAGGAAGCGCGGGGGAGGCCUGGCUGGGCGCGCAUUCGCACGACUGGGGUGACCCGGGUUACGACACGCGCGUCAAGGUGGUCCAGGGAAGAUGCGUGCCUCCGCCUCUCUGGGGCAGGCCUCCAGAUGACCGACAACAUCAGCCGCGCCCCACGCCCCUUGCCUUGCCCAGCCCUGCUCUAAGCAUACAGGCAGACAGCAACCAGGUCUGCUCCUCCUCUGCCCUUGCUUUCCAUCUGUUCCCUGCUUUCACAACUGUGCCCGCUGACCCCAAUUUCCUGAAAAAGGCCAGCGCACUCGGAUAACACAGGACUACACUGCUGGGCUGUAACUCCUUCCUACUCCGCUAAAUAGUGUGUGUGUGUGUGAGAGAGAGCUAGCUUUUUGUUAUCAAGGCGAGCAAAACGCCCAGUUUUCAACAUGACUGCCAAAAGGGCUCUGGUGAUCUUGGCCAAAGGAGCUGAAGAGAUGGAAACGGUCAUCCCCACAGACAUCAUGAGGAGGGCAGGUAUCUCUGUGACCGUAGCCGGCCUGUCUGGGAAAGAGCCUGUGCAGUGCAGCCGAGAUGUCUUAAUUUGUCCCGACAAGAGUUUGGAAGAUGCCCGGAAGGAGGGACCCUAUGAUGUGGUGGUCUUGCCAGGAGGGAACCUGGGAGCUCAGAACUUGUCAGAGUCACCUGCUGUGAAGGAGGUACUGAAAGACCAAGAUGGCAGGAAAGGGCUGAUUGCUGCCAUCUGUGCAGGACCCACGGCUCUGCUGGCACAUGGCAUCGGAUAUGGAUGCAAAGUGACAACCCAUCCCUUGGCCAAAGACAAGAUGAUGAGCGGAGACCACUACAAAUACUCCGAGAGCCGUGUGGAAAAAGACGGGCACAUCCUCACCAGCCGGGGACCCGGCACCAGUUUCGAGUUUGGCCUUGAGAUUGUGGAAACGCUGCUGGGGAAAGAGGCGGCUGCUAAAGUGAAGGCCCCCCUUGUCCUGAAAGACUAGGGCAGUGCCUUGCUUGAAAGAGGAGAAAGCCUUGUGACAGAAAGCCUGUUUUCCCUUUAAUAGCAAUAGCAACGCACACUCUCACACAGGUCAGGCAGCCUCCUUAAGUACAGGAAUAGCAGCAGCAGCAGCAGAGAUGAUCGUUGCACUUAAGCCUGGAAACUUGAAGCAGCCUGGAGGGGAAGGUGCUGCUGUCCAAGUCCCUUUUGUGUUUUCCGAGACCCACUUGCUUUCAAUAAAAGAGGAACUCUGUUGAA